CGCUCCCGAGCCUUUGCUAAUUUUCAACUUGCCACGUUCGGGAGGAGCAGAGCCUGGCAAGGGAGCGCGAUGGCCGGCCGAGCCGCGAGCGAGACAGUGCUGUCCACCGACUAUCUUGAUGACUUCCUGGUGGAGUUUGACCAGGUGGUCCAGGACUUCGGCAGGAGAGAACCGUCUCAGUAUGAGCAGCACCUGGAGGAGCUGAAGAGAAGGACCCUCCCCGGCAUGUAUGACAGCGGCAUUGAUGAGUCAGGAAGCAGCAGCACAUCUCCUGGCAGCAGCUUGAACACCAGUGAGGAGGACCUCAACACCCCGCCAACUGCGACAACCCACUCCUCCAGAGCUAAACUUGGAGACACACAAGAGCUGGAAGAAUUCAUUGCAGACCUUGACAGGGUGUUGGAAGAGAUGUGAGUUGCUGCUGUCUCCUCAAGAGGCGGGUUCUGACUCGAGCAUCCCCUCUUGCGCCGCCUUGCUGUCUCGCUGUGUAUGGGCAGGACGAAGGAGCACUGCUGGCACUAGACCCACUACAGCAAGUUCAAGUUCAUGGGUCACCCACUCUGACUUCAGGGCUGCCGGCGAAUGGACCUUGUGGCAUGGCACAAUUUGGUUAUCAGCAAAGAUCCCAGCCAGAAUGUAGGGUUGUUCUAACUACUUAACCACUUGGCUCAGCUGUUCUUGUUAACUGUGUUUUUUUAAAAAAAACAAAAAACCUCCCCCUUAACAAUAAGGCACAGGAAACCUUUUUAAAGUUUGCAUUUAAAAAAGAACGAGCUUGUAUGUGAAAACCUGCAACAUCCCUCUUUCCCCACUGGGGGAGGUUGCAUAAAUAGCUACACACUUCUAAGGAGAGCUGUUGGCUUCAGAUCAUGGCAGGCUCUGGAUGAGAGCUGGAGAACGCAGGACCUUGGCCGUGUAGGAUUCCGGUUGUCUACAGAAGGAGGCUCAAUGGGAUCUCAAGCCAGACUGAUCAGAGAAGACUCUUCACUUCCAAUUGCCAGGACAAUUUUUAAAACUGGGGGAGUGGCUCCAAUCCUCUCCCUCAACCAUAAACCCAGGAAUUGCUUCCGAAAUUCAUUUUUUGUGUACCCCAAUACACACAUGAUGCUUCAGAGUGCCUGGGCUUCCCUGUUCUUCUCAAUGGAGACAGCAGGAAUGGGAGCAAGUAUUGACUCCCCCUUCCAUUGAGACGAAUGAGGAAAACCGGGCACGGGGGGGGGCAGGGGCAGGGGAGAGACAAACCACGCAUUACUCUGGGCUCCCAGGUCUGUGCUGGAUUGGACCAGGUGCCUUUUCCUCCAUGACUGUAUUCUAGUGUAAAUAAUGUAAAAUAGCAUGGCAGCAUCUCUCCAGUUUUAUGUUUUUGUACAUAACUAUUUAAAUAAACAGAGCUUUUGCAGACAA